UCAUCCACUGCGCUAUGCUGUCGUCAUCAGCACACAUAGGAAGUAAUGAUCGGCUGUGUGGACAACGCAAAAGGAGCAAAAGGAGCCGAGGAAGGAAGCGACACAGUAAUAAUGACAUCUGAGCCCCUACCGCCAGCGGACUGAGAGCAGAACAUCCCACAUCUGAGGUGACUCCCGGCCUCCGUCCUCCAUGCCUGCUGCGCCAGGCUCCUCUCAACUGGGACAGAAUGAGUCUAUGAGCCCACUUCGCAUCUCUGUAGGAGGCCUCCCCAUGUUGGCUUCCAUGGCCAACACCACUGACCCUCGUUUCCGCCUGAAGUGGAGGCCCAUUGUGGUGGUGGCCAUCUCCUUGACCAUAAUCCUGCUGCUUGUCAUGCACUUGGGUUCAGGGCUGCGCUACCACACUUACAGCUCACAUAGCUGGAGACCCAGCCAUGGUGACGCCCAGCGGACAGACUCCCAAUACAAUGACACCUACCCUCUCAGUCCGCCUGAGCGCACGGCACAGGGCACGCGCUACCGCAUUGCGGUCAUUGCCGACCUGGACACGAGCUCUCGUAGUGACAAGAAGCUGACAUGGUUCAGCUACAUGCGGCGGGGAUACCUGCUGGUGUCACAGAGUGGUGACAAGGUGGCUGUUGAAUGGGACAUGGACAGAGUGGUGCUGGAAAGCCACUUGUCAGAGAAAGGCAGGGGUAUGGAGCUGUCUGAGUUGGUGGUGUUCAACGGCAAGCUGUACAGCGUCGACGACAGAACUGGUAUAGUCUAUCAUAUCGACAAAGACAAGGCUGUACCCUGGGUUAUCUUGACGGAUGGUGAUGGUAGUGUUGCCAAAGGGUUCAAAGCUGAGUGGAUGGCAGUGAAGGACGAGCACUUGUACGUCGGUGGUCUGGGCAAAGAGUGGACCACUACUGAAGGCGAGUUCGUCAACAAUAACCCAGAGUGGGUGAAAGUGGUGGGCUUCAGAGGGGAUGUACAACACGAGAACUGGGUUCCAAAAUACAAAGCUCUGAAGUCUGCUGCAGGAAUAGAGCCACCAGGUUAUUUCAUCCAUGAGUCAGCAGCAUGGAGCGACACUUUGCAGCGCUGGUUCUUCCUCCCUCGCCGUGCCAGCAUGGAGCGCUAUGCGGAAACAGCAGACGAGCGCCGUGCCACGAACCUUGUCCUCAGCUGCUCGCCAGAUUUCGAACACAUCCUAGUCAGUCGAGUGGGUCCUCUUAACCCCACCCACGGUUUCUCAUCUUUCAAGUUUGUCCCUAACACAGACGACCAAAUCAUUCUGGCACUCAAGUCAGAGGAAGAUGCGGGAAAGAUUGCUACAUACAUCAUGGCCUUCACGCUCGAUGGGCGCAUCCUUUUACCCGAAACCAAGAUUGGGGAUGUGAAAUACGAGGGCCUGGAGUUCGUCUAGAGGGCUCCGAAAAAGAGAGACUCAUCCUGGAAGCCACUGCACUGUGUUUCUUGUUUGUUUACAAUUCAGUCACUGUUGAACUUACUGAACUCACUGCUUCCUCGUUGAUUUUGGAAAUCACAACUCGCCUUUAUUACAAACAGAAGAACUGAAGGGUGAGACUGUAAAAUACAGUCCUGUUUUAAGAACGUGCAAGUCAGAGCAAACAAUGCCAGCAUGUGUUGGAGUAAAUCAUCUUCUUCCCAGGCCAAAUGUGGGUUUCAACAGUGCUGUAGCCUUUCUUAUAAUGAAUGUACAAUCAGACUGUGAUUAUUUUUCAUAAAAGAUGCAUUUUCAUGCACAUACUGUACACUCUCUGAAGAAUAAAAGUUUUUAUCCCUUUG